AUUAAUUUCGUCAAACCAGGGAUAUUGCUUCAGUUGUUGUUAUGGCGGAUUACGGAAGCGAUAAGAAGUCUCGCGACAAUCAAAUGCGAUCAGCAAUAAACCAGCAGUUGGUCGAAACCGGCGAGAGGGAAAAACUGAAAGAACUUUUGCGUGUUCGCCUUGCCGAAUGCGGUUGGAGAGACCAGUUGAAACAAUUGUGCAAAGAAAUCGUCCGUGAGCGUGGAUUGGAACAUGUGUCUGUAGACGACUUGGUCCAGGACAUUACCCCAAAAGCCAGGCAACUUGUACCCGACACUGUUAAAAAAGAACUUUUACAAAAAAUUCGAAACUUUUUGGCACAACAAGCCAAUGUAUAAUUAGUAUUGUUGAUGUCAUGAUGUCAUAAUAGCCAAUUGUUGUUUGUAAUCAAAUUUUUCGCAUUUUGUUGGUGACCAACUUUGUAAAAGCAUCGCAGUUAACACAUUUUUUACUAAACAUAGAAAUCAUAUUAACCAUGGCUGCUAACCCGUUCGAAAAAAUGAAAAUAUCGUCGCAUAAAUUCCUGGAAGACUUAAAGCGAUCAAAAUGCCCAAAAUGUCGAUCCUCACGGAUGUACUUUUGCUACAAAUGUUACGAGUACGUCGAAGACCUGGAUGCUCAACAGCUCCCUCAUGUGGAGGUAUGUGACAACUAUUAUCGUUUAUCAUUCUUUACAUGGGUUAACUGUGGGUUCAUGACAUUUCAUGGGCCAUGAAUGUUGCACAGUUUGUGGCUUGUUGCUUACAAGAUGAAGCAGAAUAUUCAUCUCUGUCUAUAUAUGGUCUUGCUUGUGCCAUCUUCUCCACCAAGAGCCACAGUGUCUCCUAUUGUUACAAGUUUUCUCCCUUGUUUGUUUUAAUCACGAAUUAUCGCAAAAUGUUGUCUUGGGUGAACACUUUUAAA